AUGCGCGCUGCCUUUAGAGAAAGAGGCGGGCAGGCUGUGACGAUGCUGGUGUUUCGGCCGGCGGCAUUGCGGGCUCUGAGGGGGCUGGUGGCUUUUCAAGGGCGAAGUCUUUCGGGGGCUGCGCAGCAACAAGGCAAAGGCGAUGUUGAUGAAUCCUCACUCCGUCCAUUGUACAUGGAUGUCCAAGCAACUACUCCUCUGGACCCCAGGGUUUUGGACAGCAUGUUGCCUUACCUUGUCCAUUACUAUGGCAACCCACACUCUAGAACUCAUGCUUAUGGCUGGGAGAGUGAAUCUGCCAUGGAAAAAGCCAGACAGCAAGUUGCAUCAUUAAUAGGAGCAGAUGCUAGAGAAAUUAUUUUUACCAGCGGGGCAACAGAAUCAAACAAUAUAGCAAUUAAGGGUGUUGCAAGAUUCUAUAAAUCCAGAAAGAAACAUAUAAUUACAACACAGACUGAACACAAAUGUGUGCUGGAUUCUUGUCGUGCCCUUGAAGCUGAGGGCUUUCGAGUGACAUACCUGCCUGUAAAGAAAAAUGGGAUUAUAGAUUUAAAGGACCUAACAAAUGCAAUACAACCAGACACAAGCUUGGUUUCGGUAAUGACUGUGAAUAAUGAAAUAGGCGUGAAGCAACCAGUUAGUGACAUUGGUCAGAUCUGCAGUUCCCAUAAAGUUUUCUUUCAUACAGAUGCUGCACAGGCAGUUGGGAAAAUUCCUCUGGACGUCAAUGAUAUGAAAAUUGAUUUAAUGAGCAUCAGUGGACAUAAAAUCUAUGGUCCCAAAGGGGUUGGUGCAAUCUAUGUUCGGCGGCGACCAAGAGUACGAGUGGAACCUUUACAGAGUGGGGGAGGCCAGGAGCGAGGAUUACGUUCUGGAACUGUGCCAACUCCAUUAGCAGUUGGUCUUGGGGCAGCUUGUGAAUUGGCACAACAAGAGAUAGAGUAUGACUAUAAGCGAAUUAGCUUAUUGGCUGACAGACUAGUUACAAGAAUAAUGUCAGAAAUUCCUGAUGUGGUACUGAAUGGAGAUCCAACGCUUCGUUAUCCAGGCUGCAUCAACUUAUCCUUUGCAUAUGUGGAAGGCGAGAGCCUGCUGAUGGCCCUUAAAGAUGUGGCGCUCUCUUCUGGAAGUGCUUGCACAUCUGCAUCUUUAGAACCAUCAUAUGUGUUGCGUGCAAUUGGAACAGAUGAAGACUUGGCUCACUCAUCCAUAAGAUUUGGCAUUGGUCGCUUCACUACAGAAGAAGAAGUAGAUUAUACAGUAAACAAGUGCAUACAGCAUGUAAAGAGAUUAAGGGAAAUGAGCCCGCUGUGGGAAAUGGUACAAGAUGGAAUUGAUUUGAAGAGCAUUAAAUGGACACAACAUUAAGCAAAGGAGAUAAUUUGUAAUCUUGGACUUCAUUGAUAUGGAUUAAAAGAAUUUCUGUACAUUCCUGAGGAAAACCAUGUGGCAUGUGUUCUGAAAUACACCAUCUCUGUGUGACCAAGGUGUUACUGUUUCUAAAUACAGAGCCUGAAAACUAAAUCUAAGGCUAAGUUUUGUCAGGAAUAUAUCACACUUACAUAUAAGCAAAUAUAUAUAUGAACAUUAGUUUCCUUGAGCCGAAGAAGUUAUAAUACUUUUAUUUUGGAGGUGAUACUGAUGCAGUUUAGAAUACCAAGUCUUCAGCAACUGUCCCGCUGUGAAAAAUGUUUCUAAGUUCUCAGUAGACUGCUUUGCAUCCUUUUCACCAAUAUUUGUCCCAUAGCAGACACUUGUGUUCAAAUGUGUUGUGUAUGUUCAGAAGCAAUCCUCUUAUAGAUGACAGUCUUCCAUCUAGAACUUGUCUUAUUUUUGAGCAGUGAUGUUUGCUCUGUAGUAAUUAAUGCAACUAUGUUAAGGCCAACUAAUUCACCAAUAUUGAUUACCACCCUCAUCCUUUAUAAAAUUCAACUUGUUUUAACAAUUUUACCUCUUCUUUUUUCCUCCUGAUUAUUUCCCCUGCUGACUCUGUUUUGUUAUCCCAGAGUAUUUUCUCCUGCUUUAUGGAAUUUAGGAGAUGAUGCAGUGUUUUAUCACCAUUAAUUUUUUGAUGCCAUUGCCUUACUUUCAAGGGAAAGUAGAAGAAUUUAAUACAGUUCAUUUUCUGUAGGGCUUGAGAGUGUAUCAUAUCCAUAUAAAAUGUACCAGUGUUACAUUUGUUUGAUUAUAAUAAUUCAAAAAUUGAGAAAUACCCAUUGCCUUUCACUUUAAAAAAACCUGCCAGUGCUACAUUAAGAGAAAUUGCUGACACUAGCAUCCUUGGUACUUAAAAUAUGUGCUCUCAUCUGUAUGGUAUGUUUUUGGAUUUGUAUUACUUUUUCUUCUAAUAUGCAAAUUAAUCUGUUUAAAGGCAGGAGUUUUGUUUUUAUUUCCUUGUUUUCUUAAACAGAUGCAGGCAGGAAAUAUAAGUCUCUUUGGUAAAUAGCUUCUUUUUUUUUUAACCUAACUUUGUGUACAUGGUAUUUCUCAGAAAAUGGCUUGCUGACCUGGGUGGAUUACCAGCAUGCUUAUCAACAAAGCCUUACUUGUUCUUGGUAGUUCUAUCCUCUUGCUUGCUUUGAGGAUGAGUUCUAUACUGUACACCAAAAUUCAUUUGAAAUUGUUAUCUGCUUCCUUGAGAUGAGAUUUAUUACAGAGGUUUAUUCAGGUAGAACUGUGAUUCACAGGCAAGAGAUAUCAAUUUGCCUAAGUGUUCUGAGAGGUUGUUCAAACACUUGAUUUGAAAUAGUAGUAGUGUAGAUACUACAAUGAUGGCAAUUUGUAUUGCUUUGUCACAAAAAGCAUUUAAGAUUGGGAAGAUAGUUUCUAAAUAACUGCAACACAUACAUUUUAUGGAGUUAAUUUAAAAAACUACUUCAGAAUACAUUUGCUAUUUGUAUUCUCAUUUUGACAGAUUAUUUGAAACAUUUAUUUUCAUUGUUUUAGACUUAUGUAAUAUCAGUGCAGAGUGAGAGAAAGAGAACAUGCCGUAGGGGACAGAGAGAAAGGGAUGAGCAGAAAAUGGGUUUUAAAAAGUCAGUUCAAAUUGGUACAAAAAUGCGGUUCAUGGUUAAUGUAGUGACAUGACCCUCCUCUAAAUAAAAAUGUAAAAGUG